CCGAGCCAAGACGGCGACGAACUAUGGUCACUCACCACUUCCUUAGCACACAGGUCCACCAAAGAGAAUACCAUCGCUGUAUCAGGCUGUCAAUAAUGAAAAAAAGUGAGAACGUCAAUUUAAUCAUCCACUGACGAGCAGUGGAUGCGGAAGUUGCCCGAUUUGCACGAGCGCCCCCUGGAGUGCAUUUAUAGUUGCCGCCAAGUCAAACAAACAGCAUGUUCAGUGUCUUCUGGAGUGAGGUCAAGGCGGACUGAUAUAACGUAAGGGCAAGGAUACAAGUUAAGGGCACACAAUAUCUGUAACACAACAGAAGACAACUUAAGAUGGCCAAUAAAGGACUCGUCUCGUUAUGGUUAUUGUUGGCCUUGCAUUUCAAGUCAGGAGAGUGCUAUAGCAACGGGAAAGUGACUGAAGCCUGCGGAGAUAUGAUUCCUGAGCACGGCCACCAUUCCAGCCCGGAAACCCCACCAUACAACAUCACUCUGGACAACUACCAGUACAGUGCAGGAGGUCAAAUCAGAGUGACCUUAUCUGUAGUCGUGCCAGGAGGAAGCACAAAGUCUGCAUAUUUCAAAGGCUUUCUCAUCGAAGCCCGGGCACAGGAGAGCCCUGAUGAUGGGGCAGUGGGUUCAUUCGACCUCGUUGAUCCUAGCAUGUCACAGCUGCUUACGUGUGCUAACACACAGGGGUCUGCGGUGAGUCACACCAGCGGCUCCAAAAAGACAAAAGUCCAAGCCAUCUGGAGAGCUCCGGACAACCCUCCAAGCAGCAUCCAGUUCAAGUACACAGUGGUACAGAAGUACAAGAUCUACUGGGUGCAGAUAGCUGGGCCCAUUGCCACUCUGAAAGGGGCCACUGCUGGUCCUCCACAUUCCAGCACAACGGCACACAGCACUACCACACCAAGCACUACCACACCACCAGCAGUGCUGUCCAAUCCGUUCAGUGCAGAGGACUGUGGCAGUAGGAAGUCUUGCCUGCGGGACCCUGUGAAUUGUGAUCCCAAGACAGAGCCGCAAUGCUUCUUCUUGUCAUUCCGGACCGAGAAACAGAGUGUGCAGUUUGAGCUGAGUGGCCCGGCAGAGGGAUAUGUCUCUUUUGCCCUCUCUCUGGACAAAUGGAUGGGAAAUGAUGAUGUUUAUCUGUGUGUACGAGAUGGGGACCGAGUGGAGAUCAAUGCUGCUUAUGUAGCUGGACGAACUCAUCCUGAACUGGCAACAGAGAAUGCUCUACGAGACACAGCGUGGAGAGACUCCGAAGGCGUCAUCCAAUGCAGCUUCCGCCGAGACGUCAACCUUGAUCGGCUCAACCAGAGCCGUUUCAACCUGGACCGGAGCUACUUCCUGUUUAUGGCUCACGGGAAAGCAGAAGACGGUGCGGUUCAUAGGCACAGCCGCCAGCCGUUAAUCUCCACCUAUCAGAAAGUCAUCACCGGACCGCCUGAGAACCUCAGUGGUUCCCGAUCGCCCCUGCUCAUCAAGUUUCAUGGUGCGUUUAUGCUGGUUGCAUGGAUGACCACAGUUAGCACAGGUGUCAUCUUCGCUCGCUACUUCAAACAUGACUGGUCCGAAACCCCUUUGUUUGGCCAGCAAGUGUGGUUUCAGAUGCAUCGGGUGCUGAUGGUGCUGACGGUGGUGUUGACGUGUGUGGGUUUCGCUCUGCCGUUCGUCUACAGAGGAGGCUGGAGCAAACGAGCCGGAUCCCACCCUUACCUUGGCUGCACUGUCAUGGCCCUGGCCGUUAUCCAGCCAAUCAUGGCUCUCCUCAGACCGUCUCCAGAUUCCUCCCAUCGCCCCAUCUUUAAUUGGAUGCACUGGAGUGCAGGGACCCUCGCGCAGAUUAUUGCAGUCGCUGCCAUGUUCCUGGGCAUCCACCAGCAGGCCCUGCUUCUGCCAGAGCCUUGGUCCACUGGCCUCCUGGUGGGGUGUGUGGUCUGGGGAGUUUUGGCAGAUCUGGUUUUCGAGCUCCAUGUUAGAGGCUAUCUUCCACCAGGGAGCCAGGCUGAAGACAAAGAGCACAUCUUGCCCACCUCCUCAGAGAGAAAGGAGUUCCCGUUCAAAAGGAUACUUUUUGGGGUCUUCCUCUGUGGAAACCUGGCCUUCCUCAUCACUUUGAUAAGCCUGAUUAGUAAUCUGUGACCCAUGAGAGACACUUCACAGAUUGUAGCACAUUUUGCACUCAGGAAGGUAGUUCAAUAUCUGACGAAUGGGGAGAUAUAGUAUUUUACCAACCAGCUAUCUUUUUGAAAGUUUACAUUUUUACAUCCUUGUAUAGAAAUGUCUAUGUUUUAUACAUUCCAGUCUUAAAGAGGGUACCAGUGGUAUUGCACAUUACAAUUCAUAUGGGGAAUAUCACAUGUAUGCUAAUGUCAGAACAUUUCACGGCAGAAAAUCCAAACUUUUAACUGCACUGAAUUCAAGUGAAUUUAGCAGUAGAUAGGUAGGUCCUGUUGUCCUUUGAAAACAUUCCCUGUUGAAAGAUGUUGUGUUCAGUUGUUUUGAAUCUAACUUGUUUUCUAACUGAUUGCCAGGUUAUGUUAAGUCAAAUGCUAAUUCCUUGUUCCUAAUUUCGAAUGCUAAUUUAUUGAUGUGGUAAAAUGCACCUGUUGAUGCUUGAUUAUUCUUGUUUAAGCAUUUCCAGAUCCAUACCAGAUUUGAUUUUUGUAGAGCUACUACUGGUAUGCCACAUCUCCUUACCCUCAUUUUGUAUCCGUGUUUCUUUUAUACUAUGGGUUUUGCUCUACCAUCGGUCGCACAUCGCAAAGAACUUGUAAUGUAUGUUUUUUUGAGAGAGACAGUGAGAAUGGUGUUAUAAUGAAAUGUAUGAAGUUGUCAAAACAUGCUGAAAAGCAUUUUUUUUUAUCUUCUCUCAGAGACUAAAAACAAAGAGGAAAGAUUUAGCUCAGUUGUCCGAUCUAGCACAUAGAAGCAUUAAGUGCGUGUGUGUGUGUGUGUGUGUGUGUGUGUGUGUGUGUGUGUGUGUGUGUGUGUGUGUGUGUGUGUGUGUGUGUGUGUGUGUGUGUGUGUGUGUGUGUGUGUGUGUGUGUGUGUGUGUGUGCACUUUCCACACAAUAUGUGUGCAAUGACAAUUUGAGUGAUCACUAAAUUUAUGCCAUGUGCUGCCUGUAAAUGAAUGCUUAUUAUGAGCUUCCUAAGCCAAAGACGUUAGCAGGGAAAUUGUGUCUAGUUCACUGAACAAACUUGAUUUUUUUUUUAUCUCCUCAGCAAGUCUGUAACCAUGAAAGCCUGUGUUUUUUCAAGUUGUAUGACCAUUUUUAGAUGUUAAAUUGCUGGAGUACUAAAGACUCAUGGCAAUGAGCUGAAAUUUAAUUUAUUUUUUUAAUUACAUUAUUCAUCCAGGUACUGUUUGCACUGCCCUUUCAUGCUUUAGUGUAAAGUAUCUAAUUAUAAUUUACAAUCUACCUACAAAUAACUAAAUUGAGUCUACAUUCAAUCAUAUAUGUAAUGUCAAAAUGAUAAAGAUGCCACUUGUAUACUGAGAUUUUUUUUUUUUAAAUAAAUAAAUAUCCUUGCUAAAAUGA